AUGCUCUGGCCUCGCAUGAGAUUGCCAAAGGUCACCGUGAGAGCCACAAUGCCGUGGUUUAAUACCUUGGCCACUCAGCAACGCACCGCCGAGGACGAGUUGCUCUUUGCGCAGGCAGUAUGGGGUGACUGCCAUCGUACACUCCAGUUGGCGUUCUCCAAUGGUGAAGUCCCACAUUUAUUCCCAUGGGCCGCAUCAAGUUGGGAUUGCCUCCUUCACGAUCAGCUCGCAUCAGGUUACGUGGUGCAGGACCUGGGCGACCUCACUCCCUCCGACUCAUGUGUCAUUUGUGUGGAAGAUCCCCGUGUUCGCCUCAGUGACGAAGUUGUCCGAAAUGGCAUUGUCGAAACGCUACAUGAGGAGGAGGAUGACUACUUGUACAUGAACCGCCGUCUACCCCACCUGAACGGCAUCAGCUUCCGAACAGGUCGGAAUCUUCAAAAUGUGGAGAAUGAAGUCAACGGAGUCAACGGAGUCAACGGGGAAUAG